GAUUCAAUAGUUAAUAGAGGUGGGGGGGGAGCUCAACACAACUCAACUCUCCUCCUCUAGUUAUCACUUGUUAGUGAAACCUGACCGCAGUUGCGAGUGCAUUGGGAUGAGAGGGAACACAAAGACGCAGCGCUGGACUCUGCAGCAUGCAUUCUCGCCGCUAACGCAAACUCUGCACGGUUAGAACUAGCAACAGCUAUAGAAUCGGCCUCUGUCAAGCAACUUUUGUUUCAAGGGCUAUAUACACUGACCUGUUUUAUUUGUCACCGUUACCGGACUACACCGGAAUACAACGGAUUUUCAAAUGCGGUAAACAGGACAACAAAGGAACGAGUGACUUUCAUCCCUGGGAACAAAAAAAGGGACAGGAGCCGUUUACUGAAAAAAACCCCACAAAAACUAAAAAGGAGAGUCUUUGAUUCCCCACCCCACCCCUGAAAAAAUAAUACAAAUAAACACGGUUAAUAUACUUUGUCUUUUAUGGAAUCCUAUUCUGAGUACAAGGAUUCAGAAUUUGAACCCUUGCGGAAAUCUGGCUUCAUCUGCAGUCUGGUGAGUGUCAUUAAAGAAAAUGACCGUGGAACCUUAGGAAAGAUUUUGAGGUAACAGCACUGUGGUACUGAAUAACACGAAUGCCAGUCUGCUAAGGGGUGGGGGUGUUAUGUAUUAUUUUGUGCCCUGCCAGAACUUUUUGAAACUUCACCAUCUCUGCUGUGUUCGACCCCUGCCAAUUUGUUGAGCUGGAUUUUUUUAACAACACAUUUUAGGGGUUCCCGUUCUGAAAAUGCUCGGUCGCUGUUGGCAAGGAAAAUAAAAAAUAAAACGAGUUUACUGACCAUGGGGAGAAGUAACGUCUGAUACAAACGAAAAAAACAGACAAAAAAAACCUGUUUUUGUUCCAUCUGUCGUGGCUAAAAAAACUGGCUAUAGACGGAAUUACAAAAAAAAAAAAAAAAAAAAAAAAAGAUGUGUAAUUCUACUUCCACCAGCUGCGCAGUCGUCUCGAAAAUCGACCACCUUUUCCAGCCCACUUUAUACAUCAUCGUGAUUGUCAUUGGCUUGCCCACCAACUGCUUGGCUCUCUGGGCCGCUUACCUGCAGGUGAAACAGAAGAACGAGCUGGGGAUUUACCUGAUGAACCUCUCCAUCGCCGACCUGCUGUACAUCGCCACCCUGCCCCUGUGGAUCGACUACUUCCUGCACCACGACGACUGGAUCCACGGGCAGGAGUCCUGCAAGCUCUUCGGGUUCAUCUUCUACACCAACAUCUACGUCAGCAUCGCCUUCCUGUGCUGCAUAUCCGUGGACCGCUACCUGGCCGUGGCCCACCCUCUGAAGUUCGUCAAGAUCCGUCGGGUCAAGACGGCCGUUGUCGUCAGCCUCUUGGUCUGGACCGUGGAGGUGGUGGCCAACUCUGCCCCUCUGUUCCACGACGAGCUCUUCCAGGACCACUACAACCACACUUUCUGUUUCGAGAAGUACCCCAUGGAGGGCUGGGUGGCCAAAAUGAACCUGUACCGUGUCUUUGUGGGCUUCCUCUUCCCCUGGAUGCUCAUGCUGUUCUCCUACCAGGGGAUCCUGAAGGCGGUCAAGGGGAACGUCUCCACCGAGAAGCAGGAAAAAGCCAAAAUCAAGCGGCUGGCGCUCAGCCUGAUUGUGAUCGUGCUUUUCUGCUUCGCUCCCUACCACAUCUUUCUGCUGUCCCGCAGCGCCAUUUACCUGAGCAAGCCCUGCGACUGUAGUUUCGAGGAGAACGUUUUUACUGCCUAUCAUGUUUCGUUGGCUCUCACAAGCCUGAACUGCGUGGCUGAUCCUAUCUUGUACUGUUUUGUCAACGAGGGAGCCCGCGGAGAUGUUACUAAAGCCUUGGCUACCUUGGUCAGGUUUUUCACCAAGGCUAAGCCUCAGGAGCUAACUAACGGCUCCAUCACCCUUGAAACCCCACUGUCCUCCAAGAAGCCAGUCUUCUACAACAACAUGGACACAAACAGUUACACUUACAGCACUGGGCAGGAAGGUGUCUUCAAAUGAAAGUACUGAUUAUCAAUAAAUAAAGAUUGUAUAAAUUGAUUUUUUAAUAAUUGUUGCUUAUGUAAAUAACAAUUACUGUAAAAAAAAAAAAAAAAAAAAAGGUCAGUUUUUUUACGCAAUUAGAAAUAUAAUGGAAAAGAACAGGAAAUAUUCAUAUGUUCCUAAUUUUAUUUUAUUUUAUUUAAAAGAAAAAGUUCAGUUAGGUGCUAGGUUCAGUUCCUGUGUAAAAAGAACAAUUCGAACUCAAAACGUCUGUUUUUCAUUCUUUCAAACUCAAAGCACCUGUUUGUUUUUAUGUGUGAAUAACGUGUUUCUGUGAUUUAUUUAUUUUUACUUCUGCCAUCCUACCCAACUCUCCACCCUUUCAGAUUAUGAAAAAAAAGUUAAUCCGCGAUCUUGAAAAAAAUCAUAACCAAAUUCAUUUUUCUUUGAAUAAAAAUAAAACGAGAACGCAAGCUGUAUUAAUGCAAUUUGAUACAUUCAUUUUAGAUGCAACUUUUGCAGUUAAUGCAAUUAGAGUAAGCUAGGAUAUAUAGUUUAAUAAGAAAACAUUUUAAUAACAGGUAGAUGCCAGUUAAAAAUGCUCAAAAUUUUUUUUACAAAGAACCUGACCUCAAAUGAGAAAAAUGGCACUUGAGGGAUUAGCCCAGUUCGUGCUGAAAGCUUACUUCCUGCAUUAACUUUACCUUUUUUCCCAGGGAUAAAGCACAGGGCUGCUCUGUUUUUGUUUAAAAGAAAUCAACAGUAAAAACUAAAUACCUUGUUCAAAUCCCACAAGAUCCCACUUACUUUUUCUGUUUCAUUGAUUCUUUUUUAUUCCUCAUUAAACUUUAUACUCGUGUUAAGGAAAAAGCAAUAUAGGAAAGAAGUUUCUUUACAAAAAAAUAAAACCCUUUGUGUACGAAGGUGCAGAGAAGGCACGUCCACACGGCAGCGUGUGCGAGUCUCUUUAGCUUAUUUACAAGGGUAUGCUACUUCUUGUCUUGCCUAGAAUUGUAGUUUCUCCCAGUAUGCUUAACCCUUCACACCUAACUAGCUCAAACGCUCAAGGGUUGCUUCUGAAUUUGGCUGAUAUCUAUAUAUAAACUUGGUCUUCUGUCUCUCGAAUUUACAACUCAUGUUCCUCCCAAUGCUUUACUCCCCCUGUAAAUGAAUGUACACAGUGUAGCAGGCUGGCUAAAACUUGCUUGCACACAGCAAGGGCAACCCAAUGCGUCUCUGGGGAACUCUAAUCAUCUGAGUGCAUUUUAAGUUACAGACUCCCUGAGAUAUGAUUUGUUUUCAAUUCCGCGCUUGACCGGUUCAUUAAAAAAAAAUCUAAUCAAAAUGCAAUGACACGGGCAGUCCGCAGGCACACACUGUAAUGAGCCAGCGAAGAGCGUUCCACUAUGGGCUGAAUUAAAUUACAUGAGCGAAUGCAGCACCCCUCGUAAUCUCACUGCUUUAUACAAUCAAAUUGUAAUACCCGGACACAACACUGCAAAGCCUGUAUGUUCAAACAAAAGUCUGUCUGUCUCUGUCUAUGCACCUCUAUCUGUCUGCCUGCCUGUCGGUCUGUCAGUCUGUCUGUCUCUGUCU